AUGGAUAUGAUGACUUUGUAUGGUACGAGUGCGAACGUGGAGAAGUGUGAAUGUAUGGGUGUGCAAUAUUAUGGAGCAAAACCAAAUAUCACCGAAAAAGGACCUUUUUCGUUCCGGAUGACAGAGAGAAAGAAAGAUUUGAAAUUCAGUGAGGAUAGCAAUACAGUUUACUACAAAAGUUACAAGCAAUACUUUUAUGAUCCCGACAUAUCGUGUCCCAAGUGCCGCAACGACCCAGAAUUGCUACUUCCGAAUGUCGUAGCACUGGAAACUGUAACAACAAUGAUUCAAGAGAAGGACUGCGAUGCAACCUGUCGGUUAAUAGUUGAUAUCGGAAUGCUUCUUAUGGGCGAGUAUCCUUUUCGAAAACUGAGACCCUUGAAUGUUACAUCCUACGGAUACAACGAUCCGAUAGUUUCGUUUGUAAAUUCGCCCAUUUUUAAAUUUCUCAGCGAUAAAUUUAACGGCGGUAAACCGAUCAUUCCACUCAAAAUCCCAUACUUACCAAAUUUGGCGAUAUUUUACAGACUAAAUAAUUCUAACGAUGAAUAUUAUAUUAUUGAAACGGGCAAAAAAGAUAUCAAUUCAAUUGGAUUGAUUCGGGAAUGGGCCGGAUCUGAUCUUUUGCCGUCACCGUGGUGGCAAACAACGCAAGCGCGAAUGAUCAAUGGAACAGAUACCGGCAGUUUUGCACCAUUGCACUUGACCCCUGAUAGUAUUCUUCUUUUCUUUAGUUCAUUUUUGUGUCGAUCAUUUACUGCAGUAUUUUCCAAGUAUUCAACAUAUAAAGAAAUGAAAAGUAUUGAAUUUAUGGUUCCGGAAAAAGAAUUUGAUACGAUCAAUAAUAACUAUAUUGGUUUUCGAUAUCGUAAUCCGGAAAGAAUUAAAUAUUUUCCGGAAUGGAAUCCAUGCUCAAAGAGGACAACGAGUAAUAAUUUCACUUCAUGCUCAAAUACAAACAUAAAAUGCUCAUUAGAGCAAAAUUUAUGUCAUCACUGUUGCAAAGGAAGCUACGUCAAUGGAACUUACCUGUUACCACCUGGAAUGUUUCCACUCGUCUGUUUUCCAGGUAAAAAUGAGACGUUGCCGAUAUCAGCUAUCAUAUCACCGCCUUAUUUUUCCUAUUCUCCGAAAGAAGUUAUUGAUUCGGUGAUUGGUUUCCAGCGAUUGAAUGUUAAACCAUCAGUAUUUAAAUUUAUUCGAGAACCGGAUUUCAACUCGAUUGCCAAAUUUGAUGACACCAAUGAUGUUAAUUCGAGUGCACGGUGA